GACGCAUAUGCAUGCAGGCGCAGUAAUGCACUCCACAUAUUAUAAAUUACCAAUUGGUGAGAAAAAAACAAAGCAACAACCGUUACUGUCAUUAUCACGUGGUGAUCUUAAAUAUGGAAUCACAACGUCGUACCUUAGUUCAUUGGUUCCGCAAAGGACUUCGUGUGCACGACAAUCCUGCUCUGGAGCGUGUUUUUUCAACUGCUCGAGCUUCUCCAGAGAAGUUCUACGUGCGACCAAUCUUUAUACUUGAUCCGGGAAUCUUGGAUUGGAUGCAAAUCGGUGCCAAUCGCUGGCGUUUUCUUCAACAGACUCUGGCUGAUCUAGACAAGCAAUUGCGUCAGUUGAAGUCGCGACUGUAUGUGGUGCGCGGCAAGCCAAUUGAAGUUUUUCCUCAACUCUUUAAGCGCUGGCAGGUGGAGCUGUUAACCUUUGAAUCUGACAUAGAGACUUACGCACAACAACGCGAUGCAUCGGUGCAGAAAUUGGCACGGACUGCAGAUGUAAAAGUAGACAUCCACUGCUCCCAUACGAUCUACAAUCCGGAAGUGGUCAUAGCUAAAAAUCUUGGCAAAGCGCCAAUAACAUACCAAAAAUUUCUUAGCAUUGUAGAUCAGUUAAAAAUACCGGCUGUGCUGGAGCGACCUAAAGUAUUAACAAUGAAUAUGAAACCGCCAGCAGACGAGCUUGAAUUAGAAGAUGCUAAUGUAUACGACUGUCCCACUCUUGAGGAGCUUGUCAAACGACCCGAGGAGCUAGGAGUCAACAAGUUUGCAGGAGAAACGGAGGCGUUGAGACGCAUGGCCGACUCUCUAGGCGAUGAGCUUUGGGUUGCGAAUUUCGAGAAGCCUAAGACAGCACCUAAUUCGCUGGAACCUAGUACCACGGUGUUAAGCCCGUAUUUAAAGUUUGGCUGCCUCAGUUCUCGGGUGCUGCAUAAGCGACUGAGGGAAAUUCUGGCCAGGCAACCAAAGCAUUCCAAGCCACCUGUAUCGCUCAUUGGACAGCUUAUGUGGCGAGAGUUUUACUAUACGGUUGCUGCAGCUGAUCCUAAUUUUGACCGAAUGUUGGGUAAUGCCUAUUCAUUGCAAAUCCCCUGGCAAGAGAAACCAGAGCACCUGGAGGCAUGGACUCACGGACGCACUGGUUAUCCAUUCAUUGAUGCGAUAAUGCGUCAGUUGCGGCAAGAGGGUUGGAUACAUCACUUGGCACGACAUGCGGUCGCGUGCUUUCUGACGCGAGGCGAUUUAUGGAUAAGCUGGGAGGAGGGCCAACGAGUCUUUGAGCAGCUACUACUCGACCAGGACUGGGCACUAAACGCUGGCAACUGGAUGUGGCUUUCAGCCUCUGCUUUCUUUCAUCAAUACUUUCGCGUCUAUAGCCCAGUGGCGUUUGGCAAGAAAACUGAUCCCUCGGGCGACUAUAUACGCAAAUAUGUGCCGGAAUUGGCGAAAUAUCCAUCAGGCUGCAUCUACGAACCCUGGAAGGCAACUUUGAGCGCGCAAAGAGAAUACGGCUGUGUGCUAGGGGAAGAUUAUCCUCAUCGAAUUGUUAAUCAUGAUGUGGUGCACAAAGAGAAUAUUAAACGCAUGAGCGCGGCCUAUAAAGUAAAUCGGCAAGUGCGUACGGGGAAAAUGGAGGACGAGGAGGACGAACAGGAGCAGAUCAGCACAGGCAAACGGAAGGCACGCGCCGUGGGAACUUCAGCCAAAAGCAAGCGCAUUAAAAAUGUUGCAUAAAUUUUGAAUAAGAUGAAGGCAAUUUUACUUCAUUCGUACAUCUACAACAUAAAUAUGUACAUACAUACAAUUUUGAAUAAGAUGAAGUUAUUCUACUUCUCUUGUACCUCCACACAUAUGUACAUGUAUAGAUACAUAUGUACCGAUGUUUAUAUGCCCAUCGACCAUUACGUUUUUAAUUGCGCUGGUCGACGCCAUUUGUUUGCCUCGGCCAUAAAAGUCCAUUAUGGAAAAAACCUUAAGCUGCAUCAACGAUGGUUUUGGCCUUGGCUCGUCAAUAAUGUUCCGUAUUACCAAGCAGAGUUGGCGUAUACAUAUGUAUAUCUUACGAACCUGCCAAUGAUAGCUACCGAACACACACUGCAUCUUGGCUUUUUUUCAUGGAUAUCAUUUGCACAGAAAUCGAAUUCAGAAGUUUCAUUCCCCAUAUUCAAUUUGAUUGCAAUAUCUUUAUAAAUAAAAUAGUUUUUG